GUAAAUUGUCUUAAGUAAGUCUUGAGUGAGGCUUUUGACAUGCAGUUAAAACAGUCUUCCUCGCUGCAAUUAUUAAUUGUACGUGUAAAAGUUUCGAGAAUAGGAAAGAUCCGUUCGGCUGUUGCAUUGGAAAAUUUAACAAUUGUGUUUCAUUUUAAUAACAAACGUUUUUCUAUAGAAAAAAUUAACAAAAAGGUAUGAAUAGAAAUUUUUAUAUCUUGCGAGAUAUUUAUAAAAAAAAAGUAAAAAAAUAGUAUUACCAUAUCGUCCACCAUGAAGACAAUAAUAUUCGGUGAAGCCGGAAAUUGUCCCGAAGAACUCGCCAAAAACGUUCCCAGCAAAAAUGCAACACAUAUCCUCGGAGAAUACGACUCCAUGAUUUUUGAUAAAUAAAAAUCGAAUCGAAUCACUAUAUCUACGUGGCACCGCUUAUUAUCUCGAAACGGUUACGAGGGACUUCUGAUACUGAAGGGUAAGGUCAGAUCAUGGUGCUGGACCGUGAGCACAACUGGAGUGUCUCCAGUGGGUCCUCUGGGCUUAUAUAUGUCCACCCACGGUUGCAAAGAUGAGGGCCUCUCAUUGACUGGAUGCCGAGCACCACAUCAGGGAUGUGAUACAUGCCUUCAUUAAUGAUUGCGUUAAUCAGAGGGAUUAAAUGCGUGAGUUUACUUGCAUACGUUCCUCACCCGUGAGGAAGUGUUAUUUCGUUUAUUAAUCCAAUGACACUCUGAUUGAUUGAUCAAAUUGAUCGAUUAAUUCAUUGUUGUCAAAAAUAAAAUUUUGCAUACACAAGUAGUCUCUCAAUAGGUCACGAAAUAGAUAAAUCAAUACAUAGGAUGAUUAACAAAAAGAAUAAAUUAUAAUUCGAAAAUUCUGGUAUAAUAGGAGAGCUAUAAAGUUUAGUAUUUUUUAAAUUAUUUUUGUUAUGACGAUGCCCAAGGCACCAUAAAUAUCCCCUUCGGCGUCUUUACUCAUUCACUUGUUGAUCUUAUUCAUAAGUCCCUAUAAUUACACCGAGAGAAGGCCUCGUGCGUCGCCCUAAGGUCUUUAAGGUCAAGUAACGUUAAGUAGGGAUGCCAAUUAGUUUAUUCAUCAUUUCCUCGACCUGCCGAAAUAGAUUCUUUCAUGUACGUGUGGAGUGAUGCAUCUUCAAAUUAAUCUAUAAUCCUAUCUAAUCAUUAGAAAAACGACUAGACUCAGUCCACAAUUUUUUCCACUUAUUUUUUUUUCAAUUUGUGCAAUUGAAAAAUUGCUGGAAACAUGGAAAAAUGCAUGAUCAACGGAGAAAUCAAAUACCGAGCAGAUGGCGCCUGCGGAUUUCAAUAUAGUCCCGCGAAGAAUUGUGUGACAUAACCUCGGACUUGAGAAUAAAAAACAAACUCAUCUAUUCGAUAUUGAGGAAAUGUUGAGUUAUUACUGCAAUGUUCUCAACAAAAAAGAGAUUAAUAGAGAGAACUGGAUACAGUGAUGUUGGGAGAUACGACUACAUGAAAUUAUUGACAACAGAAUUCAAAACAACAUCAUCCGCAGAAGCUAAGCGUCAAGUUCUGGGAAACCUCGCAAAUUUCGCUUACGAUCCCGUUAAUUACGACUACAUCCGGCGAUUGAACAUAAUUGAUUUGUUUUUAUGCGUCCUCUCUGAGGGUGACACGAUCCUCGUGCGAUUCGCUAUUGGAGGACUCUGUAAUUUAUGUUCAGAUCCUGUGAACAAAGAGUACAUUUUACGUAAUCGAGGAGUGCCACUGGUAUUCUCGUUAUUACGAUCGGCUGAUGAAGAAACUGUCCUGUCAGCGAUAACAACGCUCACGUUUUUAGUAACAGAUACCUCAAAGACUGAAAUUAUUACCCCUCAACUUGUCGAGACCAUUAAUUAUGAAGCAAGACAGAUUUUAAAAGUUGGUUCAAAGGUGUCUGUAACGAGACAGAUAACAAAAGACGACAUAAUCACCUUUUGUAGAUUAACAAACGAUUACAAUCCAAUUCAUACGACAAGUGAAAAACCAAUUGUUCAUGGAGCAUUAUUGAACGGAUUGUUAUCCGGAGUUCUGGGGACAAAAUUGCCGGGGCCUGGAACGAUAGUCCUUGAACAACAAUUGCGUUAUAAAAAUCCCUGCUACGCUGGGGACACAGUGGAGAUAAUGGUUCAAGUACUAGAAGUGAGAAAAAUAAUUAAAUUCUUGCUGCUCUGCAUGUGUGUGGCACUUACUCUUGCUCAAGACGAGAACGACUUAAUGGCCAUGUCCCCUCCAGAAGUGACUACAGAUAUCAUCACAGACGUGUCUACAACAGAAAUUCCUGUGGGAUGCAUCUGUGGAGUUUUCUUGAGCGGUCAGUUCAAGAAGGGACACAAGGAACCGCCCAAGGGGAAUCCUGCUCUCCUUCACGAGCACGCUGAAGCCUUCCCCUGCACACCAGUUGGCAAUAAAUUGUGCACCAACAAAUGUCUCGAUGCUAUCGUGAAACAUUUACCGAAUAGUCCAGCCAUCCUCUGCGGCUCCAUUGAUCGUGACUGUCACAAAGAAAGGGCAUAUCUUUUCAUCAAAAAUUGUAAAGAUGAGUGGGUCAACACCAACUUGUCAGCUGGUCGAGAGUACUGUUGCAAAGACGGUAUCCCCUACAAGUGUCCCAUCCUUAGCUAAAUCAAAUCACCAACGUUUUCUAAUUUUAUACCGACAAAUGAAUAAUUAAUUCUCGUGAAUAUCCAUUGAAAUCCCUCGAAUAAAAGUCUAUUGAGCGUUUAAAA